ACAGAAACAAUUCGGGUUGUAUUAAAGAAGGAACUAGAUAUGCCUAUUAUUGAAAUGUCCGACGAAAAUGCACGACUCGAUGGGGGAGAUGUCCUGUUCACGGGCAGAGAAUUCUUUGUGGGAAUUUCGUAUUGGACGAAUGAGGCAGGAGCUCGAGCCGUAGCAGCAGCUUUCCCAGAGUAUCCUUGUACGCCGAUAAAGGUUCCCGAGCAAAAACAUCUUAAAUCAUAUAUUACGAUGGGUGGUCCAGAUUUACUAUGUGUGGGCGUUGGGAAGGAAUCCCAAGAAGUUUUAAAACGCAUGGAGCGAGAAGCUACUUUUAGCUACCAGACACUGACUCUACCAGAAGAUGAAGCCGCAAAUGUUUUGUUUUUGAAUGGUACAUUAGUUCAUCGGACCCCAGAGGAAACACCUCUCUCUUUCAAGAUAUUUGGCGAGAAAAUUGAGUAUCCAAGACGUUCAACAAACUUUUCUCAAUUAUCAAAGCUCUCAUCCGGACUAUCUUCGAGCUGUUUACUUGUAAAACGGGCGAAACAUAUACGAAGCCUCUAAAAUUCUACAUUUGCUAACUUAAGAUAGGGUGCUCCAGUCCUACCACCUUCCAAGUCUUCAAUUGCUGUGACCUACCUUUUGUGUAAUAUAAUGAGCAUGUUUUAUUGUGUAGGAAAACAGACCCAGAAAAAAUUGCAAGGGCCAAUAACAAGAGAAGAAAAUUGGAUUAGUCUUCGCAAAUGUAAAAUUAUCCGAUUGUUAAAUGUUUUAUGAUAGGUAUAGAACAUCGCUCUACCAUUGUAAAUUCAUUGAUAUUGUUGAUACAUAAGAAUAUAUAUUUAUGUUUUGUUGAUAUGAAAAGCACAUGAUUAUCUACGAGUUAUUUGUAAACUUUUAUGGUAUAGUGAAAUCCACCUUCUCUAUGACUAUUGCAAAAAAUUUCGAAACUUGUAAUUUUGCAAAAACGGUCAAAAUUAAAAAUUUAAUUUAUAAAGCAUUUAGUCUAGCAGCAGCUAAUAAGAAUUUAGUUUCAUACUGAAUUAAAAAAACACGUAAAAUUAGUAUUAAUCUUUGGCAUUCCAUUAGUUAGUUUCUACAUAAAAUUUAUUUCUACAAAGCUCUCUUUAGAAGUUACUCCAUGAAUCUCCCUGCUGAAAAAUAUGGCAAUAUCAGUCUACCGGUGCCAAAUAAGUCUAUAAGAGUGAAUAAUUCAAUAAAAAUAUCAAUGUUGUAGCCAGUAGCCCAAUUCUAGCCAAACUAACAGGUGUUCUAUGUAUACUAUAUUCAGAUAAUUGUGUCGUUCCUAAGCCAGGCAUUUAAUAGAUUUUAGUUGACAUGAAUCUCAAAUUGUAACAUUGAUGUGCUCCAAAAGAUCUACUACAAAAGACAAGUUUUGUUGAAUAGUUCCUUUAGACUGUAGAGUAAUGAACAUAUUUUAUGCGUUUGUUCAAUUCAAAUUGAUUUCUAAUGGCAACUUUACGAAUUGGGUUGUAUUGUGUUUAUUUAAAUUAGUGCGCACAAUAUUUGGAUAGCUUUAAGUGAACGCAUUGUUCAUUAUUCCCGUUUUUAAAAGUAUUAUUUAUUUAACGGAUCAUUAUUUGAAACUCUUAGCGCAGCUAAACCUAAGCUGUAUUUUUCCAAACUUGUUUUUUUACAAUGUUUAUAUAGCGUUUUUUCCAUUUCCAAUUGUCAAGUUUUGUUAUAAGUUUUCUGUUUCAAUUUUAUUUUUUGUACAAUAAAUGGAUUGCAAAAAUA